UGCUUAUGCUUCUCCCUCUCCUUUUUCCCCUUUCAAAUCCUAGGAACGAUGGUAGACAUCACCACAAAUCUCCUAUUUUAAUGACUGCAAACAUUUGUUUGAAAAUUGUCAAAAACUGCUCUGCUAAAUUAAUCCAUCGCUCAAAACUGCCAUCCAAGCGAGAGGCGGGCCCGUAGGCGUUCAGACGGCGACCAAACGACGAUGAUCUCAACGAUGCCAACUCCUAUAGAAAGAAUCCGUUGAAUUUUGUUUCUUCGCCAGAGAUAAAAAAAAAAAAAGUGUAUGGUGGGCGCCGGCCGUCGGUCGUCGCAUCCUCAAAGUGGAAAUUUCGGCAAUUUCAGUCGAUAUGCUGGCAGGCACAAAACAACAAUCGCAAGCACUGUCCACCGUUUGACGAUCUCGCGUGAUGUCGCGCACGGUACAUUGCGGUUUCUCCGCGGCUGUUGCGCCAAAUUCAGGAAGAGUGAAAAUUUCGCCCCCUAUAUUUAGAAUGCGUCGGCUGCGGUACCGUGUAGAGGGGUGAACUUGGUCAACCCAGAAUCCGAUUAGGAAAAUGAACAAAGUUUCUCCGCUGUGAGGUUACUGUUUCAUCUGGUAACCAACGCAACAACGGUUGACAACGGUCGGACAUGUCACGUUUGUCUCAUAUGCCGUCAGUUGCUACUAGUUGGAUUUGAGUCAAUAGUUGGCACUGCUCUGCUACUUACAGAGGGCAAAAUUCCAAUAAACUGGGUGCCGUUCCCAUUGACUGGGUUGGCUGCGAAUCCCAACUGAACGCCGUCAACUAGUUUACGAUGUUAUUGGAUAGUUGAAUGCAACAGUCAUUUUUGGCAGUUGUUAGUACAUAGCAGUAUUUGGCGGGAUGCACUGACAAGGAUUAUUUUCAAGCAACAAUUGAUGUCGCGACAGUUCUCGUGGAAUGUCGGUCAAAAGUGCCAACACUUGUUCUAUUUUGCUUACCAAAGCUUCGUUUCUGUCUACAUUUGCCGAAAAUAUCUUGAAAGGUAAGUUCAUAUUUAAAGAAGGCACUAGUCAAAAUUUUAGCCAACCUCAAUGGAAUUGAGAAAUGCAUAGGAUACCGUACACACCGCAGUUGCAAUUCCGUAAUUGAUCAGAAUAACCCAAACUGCACCUACUUACCUUACCGGUCAGACUAAGGCAUGAGUGGCCUCUACUGUACGUAGAAAUCGUCUCCAUUCGACUCGAUCCAUGGCUGUGCGUCUCCAAUUUCGCACUCUGCGAAGGGUCCGCAAAACGUCCUCCACUUAACCUUCGAGCAGUCGCGUCUUCGGGCACCCUCAGCGACACCGCACACGCUGUGUACCACGAGCGAGCUUUUUUCAUGGUGCGUGUACUCAGUACACGACGCGACCGCUCCCGGGUUAAUCGACCCAUCUAGCUCGAUGCGCACCACGUCUUCCUGUACCGGUUAGAUAACUCUCGAGAACCAUUUUAGUCGUGUUGCUAUCCGACAUCCUGAUGACGUGACCCGCCCACUGUAGCCUCCCGGUGCACAGUGGGAAAAAAUAUGUAUAAAACGCGAAUAAAAUCUAUAUCUCUGCUCGGAGUGGAUGGAUUCGAAUGAAUUUUUGACACGAACUGCCAAAAUCUCUACAGUUUCAGAUAAGCAGGGUGUCAUUCGCCGCACGAUGCUGAAAAUCGGUGUAUUGGGCCCAUUUUACCCCACUAUCUCCCUUUUUGAACUUUUUCGAAAAAUCCUGAAGUGCAAAAUAAAUUAUUUAUUUAAUUCGUGUUUGUGUAAAAACUUUCAUAGUAGGGUAUCGCGCUACUUGGGCGGUGGCUUCUAUAUUCGUCUGUUUGCCACUAUAACUCAGUCAAUUUUGAACCAAUUGACUUGAAAUGUUGUACACGGGUAGAUACUAUACCUAUCUCACUGCAUUCCAAAAAUUGUGUCAAUUGGUUCAAAUUUGACUGAAUUAUAGCGGGAAACAGACGAAAAUAGAAGCCACCGCCCAAGUGGCGCGAUUCCCUAUCGAAUGGAGCUGAUUUUGCUCACCGCACGGCCUUAAAAAUUGAAAUAUCUUCAAAUAACCCCGUUAUCCCCUAUUUCUUUGAAGUUUCACAUUCAUCUCCGCCCGGAGUAGAACGCAAUCCUUAAGAACAGGACCAACCCUAUGUCAAAUUGCCGAUACUAUGAAAGUUUUUACACAAAUACGAGUUAAAUAAGCAAUUUAUUUUGUACGCCAGUCGGGAAUAGAUGAGGAUUUUCUCAAAAUGAUGUGUGUGAGAGAGAGUGGGGUAAAACGAGCUGAUUUCCAGCAUCGUGCGGCGAAUGACACUCUCCUUAUCUGAAACUGUACAGAUUUUGGCAGUUCGUGUCAAAAAUUCAUUCGAAUCCAUCCACUCCGAGCAGAGAUAUAGAAUUUAUUCGCGUUUAUGCAUAAUUUUUCCCACUGUGCGGUGUGGACAAUGGUUGGUUCUCUCGAUUUCAUCACCGUCGAUAGAAAUUUGGUGAUGCGGGCGCGUUAAUUCCUCCCUAGAGCCCUUUGCCAUCGUGUACUUUGUCUUCAACACACUAAUCCCUGGCUUCAUUUAGUCGGAUGUAUGUUGCCGCCAUCGUCUCAAAUUUGCAAGCUAUAAUAUCAGUCAUCGGCUAAACCCUCUCCGCUCUCCUUAUUACACCUUCUAAGGCGAUGUUAAACAGCAAGCACGCAAGCAAGCCGUAACUCUCUGUGAGAUUCGAAGGGACUCGAUAGUGCACAUCACUCGAUUCGUCGUCACCUUGAUCAAUCGUAUCAGUUUAUCCGGGAAUCCGUAUUCGUGCAUAAGCUGCCCUAGCUGGUCUCAAUCGAUAAUAUCAUACGCCGAUUUGAAAUCGAUAAACAGGUGAUGUGUGGGCACGUUGUAUUCGCGGCAUUUCUGCAACACCCAACAUCAACGCGUUCACCCAAGAAUCCUGCCUGAUACGGCCUCACGAAUUCUCUUGCAAUCAGUGAUAGACGGCGGCAUAAAAUUUGAGAGAGUAUCUUAUAUGAAGCGCUUAGUAGUGUGAUCGCGCGAUAGAUCCCGCAAUUCAACUUGUCGCCCUUUUUGUAGGUGGGACACACGAUACCCUCCAUCCAUUCCUCCGGUAAUACUUACCCCUCCAUAAUAUUGGUAAUGAUCCAGUGUUGUGCUCUCACCAGUGCUUCUCCACCGUAGUUAGGACCCAAAUUGCACAGAGUUUCAAUAAAUGUGUUGAUUAUUCUCAAUUUGCACGUUUCAAGAGCUCAAAAAUGACCCAUUUAAUACCAGCGCCGGCCACUUUCAAUCGGUUAUCGAGCAUUGGAAGGAAUUUUAGGCCUCUGGAGUACACAGGGUCAAAUAUUUGACAAGGAAAGAACUCAAGAAACAACAUUAGUUUGAUAUUAAUAAAAAAUCGAUCGAGUCAAACAAGAUGUUUGAGCAUUGGUUUUUUUUGGACAAAUAUUUGACCCUAACUAUCAGUUUUAGUACGACAACUGUUGCAACUCGAAACAUGGAAUCCACAACAUCUCCACAGUAAUACUGUUGUUUCGGGAAGAAGGUUAGAGUAAGGUGUUGAUCUAGUAGUCAUCUGUUGUAGGCAGGCAUUGCAAUACUCAUCUGAGCUAAAGAUCUUAGCUUAGCUCAGUUUAGACUGACUGUACAUAUCGAUGGUUACCAGCGUGGUUCAAAAAAUCGUCUUUGCUCCAUACCACUUAUUCGAUUCGUAACCAGAGUCUAUGCUUUUUCACAAAAUGUGAGCUUAUUUGGUUGAAAAUUUUCCGGCUGUUCGGAUCCGUAUGAAGUUGAUCAUCAAUAUUAACUUCUUUUCUCGAUCAGCCUAGAUAGCUGUGUAGUGUCGGUAGCGGUUGGCUAAGAAUAACGCUACGGACUGCCUGUUCUGGUGGUAAGAGUCCAUCAAACAGGUGACCCCUAAUUCAUGGUGUGAUGCGGCUAUAUGCUUACCGUGCCUAGGAAUAAAUGGUAAGGAGGGGGGGGGGGUCUAACAAAAUCCUAUCCGCUUAACGGAGCAUGUGGAGUACUAGGGCGCUCUCCACAGUAUUCUGCCCUUACUGCGCUAACCGGAGCAAUGGUGCAGUUGACCUUGUGUUUCUCCGAGAUAAUCUGCUAUCCUUCUUAAGCCUCAACUGCGAGGCUCAAUUAGGGUGGGAUUAUUAGUAUGUUGUUUAUUAGCUUUAAUUAUAACCUACAUAUAUGGCUCUUCGCAUUAUGCGUUCUUCACAGUGUCCUCUGUGUAUCUUCGUCUCUGGCGUUCUUCAAUCGAUACCUAAUUGGUUUUUAUCGCUUUUCUUUAUUUCUCGUGUUGUGAUUGUAAGAGUUUGAACGUGCCUAGUUUGGGUAGUGGCUAUGGACGAAUUUCGCCCCAAAUCGUAUUCGGAGUUGGCAGCACCCUCUCAGAUUACAAUGAAACUUUCUGGGUAUGUACACCAAGACUAGAUAAGCCACUUUGCAUACUUAGUUUCUUCAAAAUUUAUCUGGACUGACUUUUGAAAAGGGCUAAACUUUUUUUAUGGAUUUUUUAAAAUGUUUUUAAUCAAAAAAUGACUACUCCUACAAAAAAGUGUUGUAUGGGUGAUUAUCACAAAAUAAGUCAAAUUUUAAGAAAAAAAAUACUGAAAAAAAUCCAAAAUGAGCCCUACACUGAAAAAAAUUAUUUCUAAAAAUUCAAAGUUGAUUUAAAAAAAACACCAUUUUUGAUUUUGAUGAAAUUUUGUCUCAAGACAGUUAAUUAUGUUCCCUACCAACCGUCCAUACAUCACAAGAUGGGCACUUUUAAGGAAAAAAAGUUUUUCUAACAAAAACUUUUUCAUGUCCAAAUUAUUAUUUUUUCUGUAUCUUUUUUUAAAAACAAACUAAACCAGUGAAGGUUAUCUAGUAAUCUCAAAAUGCAACGAAACUUAUUGUGUCAUAUGCGACAAUGCAAUGCACCCAUAUUCACGCAGCAGCACUCUAGAAGUACGAAACAAUAUACAAUUAGAACACGCAUUUCAUACGUGCUGCUGUAAUUUCUACCCAAACGUUUCUACCCCAUGUUCUUACCUAAUAUUAGGUAAGGCUAUUUAUUAGAUUCGAACUACCUAAUCGAAAAAAAAAAAACAAAUCAAGAGUUGUACCUAAAGCAAAUAUGAACAAAACAAGAAAAUGAAUCGGUAUCAUUCAACGUGUUACUUCUCUUUGGUUAUUAAAGGCAGUUCUGAAAAGUAAUGGAUCAAUCGUAUAAAUCAAAAUUCAACAAAUUCAAGUGCAGUGCAAAAAUAAACAAUCCAAAGUGCAACCGUCAUAACGGGGCAUGUCAUUAAGAUUGAUAGAUAAAAUUCAUUCCAUGGGAUAUACACAUGAAAUCGACGAAUCGAUGAGUAUUUGUGAGUCAUGUCGUGGAUUGAUAAGUCACAACAGAAGCCCGAAUACGAAAAAACGCCGAUCGGAUGGAAACGACGAAACUAUGCAACCAUCAUUUAGUGGGCAGCAACAUCAUGAUGUUCCAGAACCAGAACCGUCAACGAGUGGUCAACAAAUCGAACAUGAGCUGGAUAUGGUACCAUCUAUUCCAUCAUUGGAGUCAAUUCCGUCAACAGAUCAACUACAGGGUCCCCAUAAUAUUGAGAAGUUUAAUACCAUUGCUGAAACAUUGAGUUUAUCGCCAAUCUCAUCUAGAAACAUGAGAAGUAUGGAAUAUCGCAUAAACAAAUCAUUGCAGAUUACGAAAGCAGUUCGAAAAAAUAUCUUCGGAAUAGAUUCAACGGAUGUUGGCAAAGUGGAGGCGUAUGACGAGAUAAUUAUGCAGUUAAAGGAUAAGUUCAAUCACCCUACAACUGACAGAAGCGAACAGAUUAAAAUACUAUCUGUACUUCCUAAGUCUUGGUCGGUAAAUAAAAUCACAAGAGAGUUUAACGCACCAAUGUAUAUUGCGAGGCAGGUGAAGGAUCUUGUUUAUGAACAGGGUAUUCUUUGUACCACCGAAAAAAGAAGGGAGCAUGGUAUUGAUGACGAUACAAAACAAAUAGUAAGAGAAUUUUUUGAUGAUAAUGAUAUCAGCAGGCCAAUGCCAGGAACAAAUGAUUUUGUUUCUGAGGUUCGAAAUGGAAAAAAAACAACAAGUUCAAAAACGACUUUUGAUGAUGUCGCUCAAAGAGGCUUAUAUGAUUUUUGUAGAUAUGUACAAUACUGUGAAUAUUGGUUUCACAGUAUUUACACAGUUGCGACCAAAGCAUUGUAUUUUACUUGAUUCUACUGGUAUACAUAAUGUAUGCAUAUGUACUAUUCAUGAAAAUGUAAAUUUAAUGUUCAACAGUAUAAGAAUUGUGUCACAAGAUGAAAUAAUACAAAAAAUGCUUUGCGAUAUUUCCACCAGAACAUAUAAUUGCUUUUUCCGUGCUUGUGAAAAGUGUGCUUGUAAUGAACACAUUGAAGAGGAACUUACAUUGAUAUUAGAAUCAAAUGACAAAGAAGAGAUUAUAUUUCAGCAGUGGUUGAAUACUGAUCGCUGUAAUUUAGAAACGAUUAUUGAACCUGUUGAUGAAUUUGUUCCGUAUCUUGUUGAUAAAAUUGACAAACUUAUAACACACGACUUUAUUCAUAAACAACAAUCAUCAUUUCUCAGAAAUAAAAAAGAUACAUUAAAGGAUGAUGAAAUUCUUGCGAUUUGUGAUUUCUCUGAAAACUAUUCAUUCAUAAUUCAAAACGCUGCUCAAGGAUAUCAUUGGAACAACUCGCAAGCAACAAUACACCCAUUUGAAAUUUACUAUAUGAAAGAUAAUAAACUUGUAAAUGUUAGCUUCAUUAUCAUAUCGGAAGUAAUGGCUCACGAUACAGUUGCGGUCCAGUUGUUCAUCUCAAAAAUGAUAGAUUUUAUGAAACAAUUAACGAACUUUUCUAAAAUUUAUUUUAUGUAUGAUGGGGCAGCAUCACAAUACAAAAAUAAGAAGAACUUUGCUAGUCUAUGUAGAUUCCAGUCAAAGCAUGCGUUAAGAGCAGAAUGGCAUUUUUUUGCAAUGUCCCACGGUAAAGGUCCAUGUGAUGCUAUUGGUGGCACUCUCAAGCGAAUGGCAAAGAGAGCAAGUCUUGCUCGAGAUUAUGGAAAUACCAUAACAACUCCACGAGAGUUAUAUAACUGGGCAGUUGUACAGACAGAUAAAAAUAUAACUAAAUUAAAUUUCUGUUACGUAUCCACUGAACAGUACAUUAAAAUGUCAGAAGAUCUCGAAGAAAUAUAUAAUAACGCCAAAACAAUACCAGGCACUCAGAAAUUCCAUAGUUUUUUGCCUAUUCCUGGCGACAAAGUAAAGGCAAACAGGUAUUCUAAUUCAGAAGAUGAACCAAAAAUAUUUAGUAUGAUCGGAAAAAAAUAGAAAAGAACAUGUUUGAAAUUGGCUCUAAGACACAUAUAUAUAUAUUUGAAAAAUUCAUAAUUAUAAAUAAUUGUAUAUUUAAAAGUGCACUUCAAUACAUAUUGCGAUCAAACAUUACAUUUCCUACGAAAAUACAUUUGUAAUAUUUUGAAGUUUUUUAUGUAUAGGAAAACUCUUACAAAUGAUUGAAUAAAUAACACAAAAUCUCCUAGAAAAUUGAGUUUCAUUGGAUUCUGGGAUUGUUAUGGCCUUCACUGGUUUUAUUGUUGAUAACAAAAUACACUGAAAAAAAAAAAUCAUUCGAACAAGAAAAAGUUUUUGUUAGAAAAACUUUUUUUCCUUAAAAGUGCCCAUCUUGUGAUGUAUGGACGGUUGGUAGGGAACAUAAUUACCUGUCUUGAGACAAAAUUUCAUCAAAAUCAAAAAUGGUGUUUUUUUUUAAAUCAAUUUUGAAUUUUUAGAAAUGAUUUUUUUCAGUGUAGGGCUCAUUUUGGAUUUUUUUCAGUAUUUUUUUCUUAAAAUUUGACUUAUUUUGUGAUAAUCACCCAUACAACACUUUUUUGUAGGAGUAGUCAUUUUUUGAUUAAAAACAUUUUUAAAAAAUCC